AUGACUGGACGUGGCAAGGGCGGCAAGGGUCUCGGCAAGGGUGGUGCCAAGCGUCACCGAAAGAUUUUGCGAGACAACAUUCAAGGAAUCACCAAGCCUGCUAUCCGACGUCUCGCUCGUCGUGGCGGUGUCAAGCGUAUUUCUGCUAUGAUCUACGAGGAGACCCGUGGUGUUCUCAAGACCUUCCUCGAGGGUGUCAUUCGUGACGCUGUCACCUACACUGAGCAUGCCAAGCGCAAGACCGUUACUUCCCUCGACGUCGUCUAUGCUCUCAAGCGACAGGGACGUACCCUCUACGGUUUCGGUGGUUAA